UAGUUUUAAAAAUGGCAACCGAAAUAACUGGUCUAGAGGACAUUAUAGAUAGUACAAGUAAAAAUAUUAAAAAGGUUUUCCAAAAUAGUGUUAAACCUGAAGGUAAGCAAGAGGCAUAUAUAAUUAGGCUUAAAUUGACAUUGGAUAGAUUAGCACGAGAGUUAGAAUUUGCACAAAAUAUUUAUCAAGAUAUGUUUUCAAAUCAGAUUAAUUGA